AUGCCUUCUGCUCGCGAUAGGUUGGCGGAGCUGAGGGCCCUCCGCGCCUCGGGGAAGAAGCGUCUCUCGACCUACGAGGUCGAGGAUCAGGGCGACAUUUACGACGAGGUUGACGAUGACGGAUACAAGAAGGUUAUCCGGAACCGACUCGACCAGGACGACUUUGUCGUCGACGACAACGGGGCUGGAUACGCGGACGACGGCCGCGAAGUAUGGAACGAACAGACCGUGGAGUACGAGAGCGAUGACAGCGACGAAUUACCCGCCCGAGGCAAGGCCGCCAAACGAAAACGUGAGGAAGAGCAACAGCGAAAGGAAAAGAUAAACAACGGCAUCUCCAAAUAUUUCAAUAGCGGUUCCGCUGCAGCCACUGCUCCCAAGCCAAGACCCGUUGCCACUGCCGAAGAUGAUGCCUUCAUGGCCGACCUGCUUGGGGAAGUUGACACCAAUGUCGUGUCGAACCAUGCUCCCACCCAAAACAUCGUCAAGUCGGAGACUCGGCGAAAAGUUCGGGUCUUGUCUCCUCCGUUGUCCGAAAAACGACGCCGGGAAAAGAUUCAGACGAAGGAUGAGAACAAUAUCCCCGGCUCGCCCAUCAAGGAACAACCCAUAAUUCCUUCUGACGAUCUCGAUGACGACCCGCUUCCCAUGGCGGAUGACGACGAUGUGCACAUGAGCGACCCCAUGCCCUCAUCCCCGAUCAGCAAAGCAGUCGAGCGAAAAACCACGACGCCGAUCAAGACUGAGGUGUCGGACGAUGAAGACAAUGACUUGAUGGACGUUGCGGAAGCUACCGGAGACUCAGACACGAAGACACUAACUGUCAACAUGACCGGAAGUCGACCGCCUCCGAAAAUUAAGAAAGAGGUUCUCCCGACACCGGCAAGCUCGUCACCGGUCAAGGCUUUGCCAGAAGUCAUGGAUGCUUCUUGGAACGAUGUGAGGAGCAAGCUGAAUGUCCUGAGCAGCCCGGCGCCGGAAUUGCGCACUUUUGGCAAAUUGCGGGCCCAGGAUGUUGUUGAAGAAGAUGGCAGUCUACGCAUGUUCUGGCUGGACUACACCGAAGUCAAUGGCAGUCUGUGCUUGUUUGGGAAAGUCAAGAACAAACAGAAUGGUUCCUUCACCAGUGCUUUUGUGAAAGUCGACAACGUGUUGCGAAAGCUCUUCUUUCUCCCUCGAGAGUACCGACGCAAGCAAGGGAGAGAAACCGAAGAGGAUGUGGAAAUGGAGGAUGUCUACCAGGAAGUCGACGAGAUGAUGACCCGCCUGCGGGUUGGAAUGCACAAAAUCAAGCCGUCCACUCGAAAGUAUGCAUUCGAGAUGCCCGGUGUCCCGAAAGAGGCAGAGUACUUGAAGCUGCUUUACCCUUACGAUAAACCUGCUCUGCCUAUGGAUGUCAAGGGCGAGACCUUCUCGCAUGUCUUCGGCACCAACACGUCCCUGUUUGAGCAGUUCGUCCUCUGGAAGAACAUAAUGGGCCCUUGCUGGCUCAGGAUCGACGAAGCCGACUUCUCUGCGGUCAACAAUGCAUCGUGGUGCAAAUUUGAAUGUCAGGCCUCCAAGCCUGCGCUUAUCAGCCCGGUGCCAGACUCUGAGAACUUGGACACUCCACCUUUGACCCUCAUGAGUCUUUCUUUCCGAACCCAGCUGAAUGUGAAGGAGAACAAGCAAGAGAUUCUGAUUGCAAGCGCCCGGGUGUAUGAGAACGUCUCUCUCACGGAUACAACCCCCCCCGAGAAGCUUCCCUGCAAAACAUUUACGGUCAUGCGACCCGCUGGUGCAUCAUACCCAAUGCACUUUGAGGCCGAAACCCGGAAGCAGCGGGGAAUGUUCAUGCUCGAGAAGAGCGAGCAAUUCUUGCUCAGCAAAUUCUUGGCGCUGUUCGAGAAGAUGGACCCCGAUGUGAUCAUGGGUCAUCAAUUGCAGGAUGUUGAUCUUAGUAUCCUGCUCAACCGGAUGCGUGAGAAGAAGACUCCUGGCUGGCACCGCAUCGGCCGGCUCAAGCGUGGAGACUGGCCCAAAAACUUCAACAGGGGCAGUGGCUUCUUUGCGGAGAGGCAGUUGAUUGCUGGAAGAUUGAUGUGCGACACCGCGAAUGAUAUGGGCAAGUCUCUCAUGAUGAAAUGUCAAUCGUGGAGUUUGACCGAGAUGUGCCAGCUGUAUCUUGGCCAAGGCAACACGAGACAAGACCUCGAUGCUGAAGCAGCGUUGAAGACCUGGGCCACGACCAAGGAGGGUCUCAUGAAUUUCGUCAACCACUGCGAUACGGAUACAUUUUUCAUUGCCGCACUCGUGUUGCGCCUACAGAUGCUGCCGCUCACCAAGGUCCUGACUAACAUCGCUGGUAAUUCAUGGGCUCGCACACUCAGCGGUACCCGAGCAGAGCGCAACGAGUACAUUCUGCUUCAUGAGUUCCACCGGAACAAGUACAUCUGCCCUGAUAAAUACUCCUCGCGUUUGCAGAAGGCAGAGGAGAAGAUGCAGGAGGUUGAUGAUGAUGAGGCGGGUGACAAGAAAAAGAAGGACAAAUACAAGGGUGGUCUGGUUUUCGAGCCCGAAAAAGGCCUUUACGACCGGUUCAUUCUGGUCAUGGACUUCAACAGUCUGUACCCCAGCAUCAUCCAGGAGUACAACAUCUGCUUCACAACAGUAGAUCGAACAGCCUCGGCGGAGAAUGAGAACGAAGAGAAAGUGCCCGACAUCCCAUCCUCGGAUCAACAACAAGGCAUUUUGCCUCGUUUGAUUGCCACUUUGGUCGGUCGUCGACGCGAAGUGAAGAAGCUCAUGAAAGACAAGCGUGCCACGCCCGAUCAACUCGCUCUGUGGGACACCAAGCAGCUGGCCUUCAAGCUGACCGCCAACUCCAUGUAUGGGUGCCUGGGAUACACUCAAAGUCGAUUCUACGCUCGGCCCCUCGCCAUGCUCACCACCUUCAAGGGGCGUGAGAUUUUGAGAAGCACCAAGGAUCUGGCAGAAAGCAGUCAGCUGAGAGUCAUCUAUGGUGAUACUGACUCCGUCAUGAUCAACACCAACAUGGAUAACCUCAGUGAUGCCCUCAAGGUUGGCGACGAGUUCAAGAAAUCAGUCAACGAGCGAUACCGGCUGCUAGAGAUUGAUAUUGACAAUGUCUUCCGUCGGCUUUUGCUACAUGCCAAGAAGAAGUAUGCUGCUGUCAACCUCACUGAGGUGGAUGGCAAAUACGUUGAGCAGCUGGAGGUCAAAGGUCUGGAUAUGAAACGACGUGAAUACUGUGCCCUUUCGAAGGAGGUAUCGUCUAGGCUUCUCAACGAAGUCUUGUCUGGGGAGGAUCAGGAAGUCGUUCUCAACCGGGUCCAUGAAUACCUGCGUGAUCUUGCGGAGAAGAUGAAGGAAUAUGUCAUUCCUGCUCAAAAAUACGUGAUCUACACGAAACUGUCUAAACGACCGGAUGAGUAUCCCAACAAGGAGAGCAUGCCACCGGCACAAGUCGCACUUCGUGAUAUUGCCCGAGGCAAGACCGUUCGGCCAAACGAUGUCAUCUCGUACAUUGUGACAAACGGGGACUCAGAAACAUCUUCUUUACCGCCAGCCAAGCGGUCCUACAGUCCACAGGAUGUACUCAAGGGGAAUAUGGGCCUGAAGCCAGACGUCGAGUUCUACCUUCUCAAGCAGAUAUUUCCUCCCAUUGAGCGUCUCUGCGCGCCAAUCCCCGGCACCGAUGCCGUCCGUCUUGCCGAAUGCCUGGGUCUGGAUGUCCGCAAGUACCAGAUCAACACAUCGAGUAACAACCAGCAAAACACGGAGAUCUUCCCGCUGGAGUCGCAGAUUCCGGACUCGGUUCGAUUUGCUGACUCGGCACGCCUGACACUGCGGUGCCGUUCCUGCAAAGAGCAGUCGGUGUUCGAGGGAUUGGUGGGUUCGUCGCACAUGUGCACACCACACGGGAUCGUGUGUCCGAAUCAGAGCUGCCAGAAACCCUUUACGGUGCUGACCAUCAUCGCACAACUGGAAAGUCAAAUCCGACAGCAGACUGCCCGGUACUACGAGGGCUGGCUGGUUUGUGAUGAUUCGGCGUGUGGCAACCGCUCGCGACAAAUCAGCGUGUAUGGACACCGGUGUCUGGGACCCCGUGGGCGAGCUGAAGGCUGCCUGGGACGGAUGUCGUACGAAUACUCCGAGAAGCAAAUCUACAACCAGCUCCUGUACUUUGCCGGUCUCUGGGACGCGGACAAGGCCAAGGACGCUGCGGCCAAGGAAAUCGGAGAGAAGAAGGACAGCGUUUCGGCCCUGGUGGAAUUCAACCGCAUGCGUUUCGGCACCAUCAAGGGGGUGGUCGACGGCUAUCUGAAGAAGUGUGGUCGGCAAUGGGUCGAGAUGGAUGGGCUAUUCCGCUUCAUGUUGCAGUAG